AUGCCCUUGGUGCCAGACAUUGGUCCGCAGCACGGUCGACCGCAGCUCGGCAUCAGUCAGGCCGAUAGCUCGGAGACGCAUUGCAGCAUCUACUUGGGUCAACUGGAUGAGCUCUUCCAGCAGAUGCUCCAUCAGGCCGCCAGCAUUUGCUUCUUGGGCCCGACCGAGCACCACGAGGAAAUGACGGCCUCCCACACGGAGUUUUCCCUGGAGUUCUUGGUGAAGCAGAGGCGCUCGAUCCAAGGUCAUAGCGGCGAGGUCUUUUGGAGCACCGACUGGGGUCGCUUGUUGGACGCCGCGCUGCGACAGGGCGACCCGGAGCGCUUCCAGCCCUUAGGAGCCUGGGUGAUCUUCUACCAGGAGAAGGGAACCACUUGCAAGAUGUGCAGAUACUACUCCCAGCAAUCGGCCGAAACGCGGCUGCGGCAGAUUGCCAAGCCAGCCAUCCUGCUGGGUCCGGCUCCAGACUAUCGACGAAUCUUGAACCGGAAGGAGUUUGAGAGCCAGGCGGAGCCUCUCCUGGAGGCCAUUGACGCCCACCUGCUGGCGAUCGGCGCCAAGGAGCCCGAGGUCAACCAGGCAGCCACCGAUGGUGAUUUGUGGGACUUCCUUAACGAUCCUCCGAAGAUCUUCGACUUCCUACAGACCUUGCCUGAAGAGUCAGGUUCUUCUGGACGUGCGCGGACGAGGUCAGAGUGCUCCUCCACUCCGGAUUCAGAGAUGACGAGGUCGAUGAUGGAAGACAACCAGGACUCCUCCGAGGGAGUCUUGAGCCAAGAGGUGGAGCUGGUGAGAGCCAAGUGGGUGGCCCGCAACUGGACUCGCUGCGGCCUCUCAGCUGCCCUCUUGGGCGAGUCAGCAGCCGGGCCCACCUUCGGGCCUGAUGUCAUGGCCAAUGUGGUUUUGCAGAUGGCGGAAGACUUUGCCGCCCUCCUGGAGAUCCGGAGGACCAUCCUCGUCCCCUUGGAGGGCGUUUGCAUGCAACUGGGUACCUUGCGCUCGCGGCGGAUCCUGCAUGCCGCCUUGGCACGGCUGAGUCUCCAUGUGGACCAGUUUGUGGAGUGCGCACAGCAAUUCCAUCAGAUCUUUGAAGCUCGCUUGUUCGAGAGCCUCAGGUCCGUGGACUCCAAGCCGGACCCCGCCGCCGCCGCGCGUGCGCCGCGCCCGGCGGUGCAGCGGAGCUACCGGCGCUCCAUCCAGCGUGCCUUCGCGCUGCGGCGAGAGAUCUUCAAGAAGGUGCAGCAGUUGGGCGAAACCGUUCCCCUUCAAAGUGCGGAAGACGAGCAGUGCAGCUUUGACAAACUGAAGAGUUCGAUGGCUGCCUUGGCGCAAGCGCUGAGCAGUCCUGGUGCUGGAGGCGGCGCAUACCUCACAGAUGCUCGCACCUUGGCGCUGGCCGAUGCACCACGAGCCUCUUUGAAGUCCAAGCGACAGAGCAUGAAGGCCAAUUCGGUGCUGGUGGUGGACUAGUCGAAGGUCAAUGCUACCGUUCCGCAAGACAUGGCUGCUGGCAAAUGCCACACCGACGGAUUGCGAUGAAAGG